AUGGAACCGAACCGGAUCAAAUCCUCUGGACCUAUCAGGAAAAGCUCAGGACAUUGGCCCGAAUCAUACGCCGCGCCGGAGAGUCUGGACAGAUCGAUGCAGAGCGGCAAGCACGAUGCAAUCACUGCUUGCGUCACGCGAGCGGCCGCUGGUGAGCUUGAGACGGAUAUGUGUUUGUCGACGAUUGUGCGCGAUGCGGUGCGCCGAUGUAUCGAAGCGCAGGCCAGUAAUAGCCUCAAUGGCGAUGAAUUUGUUGGGAAAGGUCGACGACAAGAUGCCUGA